AUGUGUGUGUGUGUAUGUAUCUAUCUAUAGAAUUAAUGCAUUUUAGUCUUUUUUAUUAGUCUUUUUUAUAUAUAAAUAAAUAUUUAUUUCCACAAGUAAUGACUCAACAAGUUGAUGAUAAUAAAGAAUUACCUCAACCACAAAAUAGUAAUCAUCUCAGUACUGCUCCUUUAAAGGAUAAGCUCUUGACCAAUUCAAGUUAUUUAGCAGCAGAAAUUCCACUUAAAUUAGGUCAUUUCAUGUCCAAUUUAUGGAUGUCUGGUUCUGAACUUUCAAGUUCUUUCUUUUUACAAAACAAUUCCCAUUCCAUGAAUAAUAAUAAUGAAAAGAAUCCAACUAUUUGGUUAUUAGGUAGAGAAUAUGAUAUGAAACCUCUAGAUUCAAUGCAACAAGCUAUAUUAGAAGCACAAAGGGAUGAUAUGUUUAGACCAGGUACUUCUUCUGCCACAGAACAACAUUCUUCUUCAGACUCGUUGUUAUUAUGGCCGUCUGAUUUUUAUGAAGAUUUCACUUCCCGAUUAUGGAUGACUUAUCGUCACAAUUAUCCUCCUAUUCGUCCAUCGAAUCACAAGACUGACAUAGGAUGGGGCUGUAUGCUAAGAAGCGGCCAAAGUUUAUUAGCAAAUACAUUCAUCAUUCAUCUUUUAUCAAGAGACUGGAGACGUCAAAGACAGAGUCAAGAACAAAGAAAACAAUAUAAAAAAAUAAUCCAUUGGUUUUUAGAUGAACUGUCUCCAAGAGCUCCCUUUUCUAUUCAUCGAGUAGCGUUAUUAGGGAAACAACUCGGUAAAAAUAUUGGUGAAUGGUUUGGUCCAAGUACGAUUAGUCAAGUUAUUCAUUUAUAAUAGAGCACUUGUAUCCGAUUUUCAACCUGCUAAUCUAUCUGUCUAUCUUGCCACGGAUGGUGUCAUUUAUCGUAAUGAUGUUCAAGAUGUGACAACAGGUAAAAAACCAAGAGGGGACUUUAGUCAUUUAACAUAUCGACUAUCGUCAUCAUUGGAUGAAAAAGGUAGACAAGAAGCUAAAAACUUGUAUGAUGCAAGCAAUGCAUUACCCUCAUCACAUAC